UCUUUGUCCCUUUCGAUGUGCCAAAGGAAAGAAGGAUUGUCCAAAUGUGGAAGAUGCAAGCAGGCAUUUUACUGCAAUGUGGAGUGUCAGAAAGAAGAUUGGCCCAUGCACAAGCUGGAAUGUUCUCCCAUGGUUGUUUUUGGGGAAAACUGGAAUCCCUCAGAGACUGUAAGGCUAACUGCAAGGAUUCUGGCCAAACAGCAGAUGCACCCAGAGCGAACAACUUCCGAGAAGCUGUUGGCCGUGAAGGAGUUUGAAUCGCAUCUGGAUAAAUUAGACAAUGAGAAGAAAGACUUGAUUCAGAGUGAUAUUGCUGCACUUCAUCACUUUUACUCCAAGCACCUUGAAUUCCCGGACAGUGAUAGCUUGGUGGUCCUCUUUGCACAGGUUAACUGUAAUGGCUUCACAGUUGAAGAUGAAGAGCUUUCUCAUUUGGGAUCGGCAAUAUUUCCCGACGUUGCAUUGAUGAAUCAUAGCUGUUGCCCCAAUGUCAUUGUGACCUACAAGGGGACCCUGGCAGAAGUAAGAGCUGUACAGGAGAUCAGCCCAGGAGAAGAGGUGAGUGUGUGGCCGGCGGCAGCCGGGGCCGUUGGUUUCCGCCUGCGGUUUUACAGGGCAGUCUGGAAGAUUCCGUGUGGCAGCGCUGGGCAAGACGGGCUGGGAGUGAGCCCAGCAGCUGCACUAUUUCCAGCCUCGGGCCUUGCAGGUUAGUGAUCAGGUUCAUGACCCAUGCCUUCGAGCCUCAUGCUUUUGCCUUCCAUUCGAUGCUCCCCAUUUCCGUCUGUGGCCAAGAAAAAACAGAAAAGAAUAAAUUCGAGCUCAGUCCCUUACAAAGAUUUACAGAGAUUUACAGAGAAAGAACACUGCCAAAAUACCACAGUGAAAUUUUGGAUGCUCCUAGGCAUCUCUGUAUUUCUACCACCAAACAUUGAAUUUGAGCUCUUUCUUUUUUAAUUAGCAAAUUUUGGCCUGUUUUUCUCCCCCCAGAAGGUCAAUACCAUUGUUAUCUGAAAGAGAGAAAAGCCAGCCCAGCAGUAGCUAAAGAGUUAAAACUCCAAAUGGACACAUCAGCCUUGCACAUGCUGUCAAUUCCACAUCUGACCUCCAGAGAGACCAUUUUCUAGGAAUGCGGUUCAGGUAGCUGGCCGUACACACCAACAGGGCACGGGGAGGCAGUCUGUGGCCAAGAGGCCCCCUCCUAACUUAGGGACUCGGAGAAAGCCAGGUGUUCUGUCCCCUGCACAGUGAUGCCCUCUCCUUUCCCAGGCCCUGCCUCCGUGACCACCUUCUAAGAUGCCUCCAGAAGGCUCCAAACGGCUGCUUGGCGAAUCGCUGGAGGAUGCUGUGUGUUCUUAAGUAAAUAAUAAACUCCCUAGCAAGGACACAUGAAUUGGUAGGGAACAUAAUCACAUACUCAAUUUCAAUUUAAUCGUCUUCAGUGCUAUUUUAAGGUUCGUGUCUGGAUAUUUUCAAUUUUAAAUGCAGUGAUCGGUGUGCUAAAUGAUCAAGGCCUUGGCUUCUCCAGAAGCUGUUAACCAACCCACAGCCAAACGACCUGAAGGCCAGGGCACAGAUGAGACUUUCUGCCCUUCGCUUAAUUCAUCAUGACGAGGGUACCCUGUUUUCGGUUGGGGCAUCUUGGUUUCCAGAUACCUUGCGACUACGCCGAUGCCUCUUUUGUUAAAAUACACAGUCUCAGUGGGUCAGAAUGUAAGUCACCAGGCUCCAGGGCUCCCAUGGGGCCAGGUGGGGACUCCGCAGUCUAUCACCUAGACGGGCUCUGCCUCCGCUUGCGCAGCGACACUGAGCGGCCUCUGUCGCCAUCUUCUGGGCCCUUGUGUUUGUUGCGCGAUGUGUUCAUCUGUCAUGUCAAAGAAAUGAGGAGGGAGGCCGGGUAGAGCUUGCUCCUGUUGGUUUGCCCUCCCGCGCUGACAGAUCGGAAAUGCGGUAACCUCGCGUUGGGCCAGUCACUGCCUUGGGGGAGACUUGCCCUUCAAAGAGGGUGUCAGAUGAGCCGCGAGGUCUCCAUUACUGCCCUUUGGGUUGGGAGCUUGGCUUGGCGGCGCCUGCAAGCACCCAGCCCUGUGCAAGUCCCCCCUGCCUGCCUGCCAGUGCCCGAGGUUACUGGCACGCUAACGGCUUUGUGACAUCCAUCUGUUUGGUCAGACAUUUGCCUGAUGGUGUGGGAUGAGCAGCAAGUGCCGUCCCAGUGAGUAGAUAAUGGGCAGUUAAAUGCCGGGCUCCUCCAUAUGCUCUAAGUCCCGGUUAUAGACCCCCUUAGAAAAAAGCAAAGACGGGAGGACCCAGCGAGCCCAAAGGCAAGACUUUUCCAAGUUCUCUGGCCCAGCUGGGUAAGGCAGCAGCAUGCUGGUGUCCUAGAGGCUGUGUCUUCCCUCUGUGGACGUGCCCCAGCCUGCCCGGCCCAGCUUCUUGCUCCCUUGCCGGCUGAGUGCGGAUGUGUCCCUGCCGCCCCUCCACCCAGCAAGGCGUUCGAGCUGGCCCAAGCCGUGAAAGAAACGAGGCUGAAGGAGGGCCGCGCAGACACAGACCCGGGCCAGUCUCAAGGAUGAGUCGGGUCUGUGCAUGUCCUCAUGUGUUGGGGCCAUGCCCUUGCUGGGCAUGCUUUCAGCCCUCCCCAUUUACUGUUCUUGGGACUCCUUGAUUCUUUAGAAGGCGGGAAGAGAGGCUCUUUCUCUCCAGCACAAGGAGGGGGACAAAACUAGGGGAUUGCUGACUUAAAAGAAUAUGGGGUUUUGUUUUAUUUUUUUAAGAUUUUAUUUAUUUAUUUGACAGAGAGACAGCGAGAGAGGGAA